AAUUAAGUUUAGAGAUAUUUUUUAUUAUCUUUAAUUCGAAUAAACGAAGUCAUAAAGAAUCACACACAAACAUAUACACAAACACAAUACACACACGAAAACAUUCAGUGGAAUAGAAACUCAUCAAAGUAACAAAAUUAUUGUUUUAAGUAAAAUCUACUGAAUAUCUGCAAAAUUAAUUAUUUCACACUAAACUCGAAUGUUAUAUUAUGUAAGGAAAGGUCUAGGCUCUAUAAAUACUGAUCUAGUUAAAGAGCUAAAGCACUACUGAAUAAUAAAUUUAUAGUGUACAAUAAAAAAAAAUCUAUCUUGGAUAAAAAUAAACGUAACCCACCUGGAUUAUUUUAGAUUAAGGAGUUGAGGUUAGUUUAUUUCUUUUAAAUCACUCGAUAUACCCAAUUUGACAAGCCCUUAUAAUUGAGAGACCUUAUACUUUAUUGGCUGAGAUCAUUUUUAUUUGCUACAAAAGAUAAUUGCCAUUAAAGUAUGAACAGUUAUCUAAACUCCAAAAAUGGCGUGUUAUUCUAUUUUGGUCAUCGCUUCGUCACUUUAUCAAUGUUAUCACCUUCGUAAUAUUCGACACCGUUUGUAUUUAUUUGGGCAAUCACUGUAACUUCAGCAAAUAGAAUACGUAUAUAAGAAGAUGUAUCUGGAUUCCUCGUCACUUACAAUCAAUUGUUUAAAGGAAAUUGAAUCAAAAUGUUCACUUUGAAACACAUAAUCCUUUGCCUGGUCAUAGCAGCCGCGGCUGCUGACUCGACUGAUAAACCUGAAGUUGAAAUUCUUACAGAAAAAAGCAACAUUAGUGAAACUGGAUAUGAUUUCGAGUUUAAGACAAGUGAUGGUGUGUCCCGUAAAGAAGAAGGUCAGCUUAUAACUGUCGGGGAGCACCAAGGCAUUGGAGUGAGAGGAUCCUACUCUUACAACGCGCCUGAUGGUCAACAGUACAUCGUCACAUUCGUCGCCGAUGACAAAGGUUUCAAGCCCACAAUCCGAGUUGCUGAUCCUCAAUAAACGAUUGGAUUACUG